UUGAUUUCUGGCGGUUUGUUUUAUAUCUAGAACAUGAACGAUACAACAAUAAAUUAAUAUUAACUUUUAACCACUACUCUGUUCGUCCAAACGAUGGACGAACAAGCUAAAAAUACUUUACAACGGAUAUUCCGGAAAAUACCGAGUAAAAAGAUAGAAAAUAUUCUGAAAAACUGGAAUUGUUUAUCAGUGGAUCAGCUGCGCGCUCUGGAUUACACGAGACCCAAAUGGAUGUUGAUAGAACACGUCAUCAGCUUCUGUGAGGAGAAUAGACUAAGCCUGAAGCAUGUCACUAAUUUGGAAAUGAUCUAUCAAAUAGAAAAUCCUGAUCAUGGAACCUGGCACGCAUGUCAGCUGAUUGAGGCACAGGAUGAUGCACUUUGUGUGGAGCUGACGCAGUUUAAAGAACAAUUUAAAGCACAUUUACACGGGGUCAUCCGAAAUAUUUCCAUUAAGAUAAAGAAACAUGAGGAUGAGGCUUUAUGGAUUCGGAUUGCCUGGGGAGACAACUUCAGCAAACCCAAUCACCUCAAGCCAACAUAUGUUGUGCACCAUCUGCACACCUCCUAUGUGUUCUUCUCCAACCUCAUGGCCAAACACAAGCUCUUUCUGUAUCAGGCUUUAGUAGUGGCCACUAAACACGGCUUCAUGAAGGACGCCCACCUGAGCACCAGGAGUCUCACUGCAAUGAGGAACCUGCUUCUGAGACGAUAUCAGCAGGUUUUCCCAAAUACUCACUCAAGGAUCCUACAGGAAAGAAACACUCUUCCAUCCCAUCCAUGUAUUGAAAAGGAACACGCUGAGCAUGAAGAGAUGAGACAUCAGAUGGCCUAUGAGGCAUUUGGACACGGCCCUCUGCCAAAUCUCGAAACAGCAGUUUAUAGGCUGGAGACGAGGUUCAGAGGGAAUGUCAACAACACCCUCAGUGAUCGAGAGGAGUUCUUCAGAGGGGUUGUAAAGUUCUCAAGCAGCAGUCUGCUCGAGUCCUUGCGUCACUGUGUUGCUUCAGGCAUGGCUGAAGGCCCUGUCACUCCUCUGCUGUCUGCCAUCACCCAGAGAGGGAGGAACCAUUUUGUUAUCACAGACAAAGGCCCAGCUGUUGCCAGCGAAGCAUCUGCACAAAAAGCCUGAUGACAAUAAAGGCUGUGGACACAGAUGUUCAAUACAGCAGUGACGUAAUUACAUGAGAAUAUACUCUGCAACCUGAAAACUUUAGAGCAUCUAUGUGUAUUGUCUCAAUUGUUGUCAGAAAUGUCCCUGGAACGUUUCUGUAAUAGUGAUUACUGCUCCAUCAGUAUGAGAGAUCAUUUUUACAUUUUAAUUUUAGUAAUACACAUGUAUUACAUUUUUAACCUGACAGUUAAAAUUAUUUUAAAUAAAGGUUUGAUACAAUAAAAAUUUAUAUUUU